AUGGACGCCGCCGCUUCGCUCGCUCGCUUUGCCCUUGAACACCCGCUUCGAACAGCUCUCCUCGCACUGCCAGCCUUCCUGCUUGGCCUCCUCGUCAAGAACGCCUACAAAGUCUUCCUUGCGCCGCACUUCUCCUCCCUCCGUUCCGUUCCCGGCCCUCCUCCCGACCAUCCGCUGUGGGGCAACCUGCAGAGCCUCAUCGACGAAGAACCGGGAAAGGCACAUGCAAGGUGGACAGAAGAGUUCGGAGGUGCCGUGCGGUAUCGCGGCUUGCUGGGAGGCGAACGCCUCAUCCUUACAGACCCAGCAGCGCUCAAUCACGUCCUGACCUCGCACACCUACGACUAUGCCAAGCCGGACGACGUUCGAGGCGACCUCGCGAUGGUACUGGGGAAGGGCCUGGUCUUUGCCGAAGGCGAGACGCACCGCCGUCAGCGCCGCCUCAUGAACUCGGCUUUCGCUCCCUCGAACCUCAAGGCGAUGACUGUGGGCUUCUUCGAGCACGCACAUCAGUUGCGCGACAUCUGGAAAGGCAUGGUCGAGGCCGGGCAGGUCGACUCGAAGGCUUGGAAGAACGACGAAGCGGCCGACGCUUACCAGGCGGGCAAGCCAGACGCCGGGUUUGGCUACAACUUCCAGGCACUCUCGCUAAAGUCGGACGCCCUCGCACAGGCUUUCGCUUCCCUCUUCUCGCCCCGCGAUGCACCGGGCAAGCCUCAUCCUUCGCGGCUCCUCGUCAACAAUGUCAUCGGAGCCUGCCUGCACGCCCUUCCUAUCCUCAAGCUCGCAGAGUACCUCCCCGACGAGCGGCUCAAGUCGAUCAAGCAGGCGCUCAAUACGCUCGAGGUCGAGAGUCGGAAGAUCGUCCAGGCCAAGAUGGAGAAGGCGGACCAGGAGGAUGCGCUGCCCAAGAAGGACUUGCUCUCAAUCUUGCUCUCGACGAAGGCGAAGGACACCAUGUCUCCGGAGGAAGUGCGAGGACAGCUUACGACCUUCCUCUUCGCCGGCCACGAGACAAUCAGCAACAGUUUGAGCUGGGUGCUGUGGGAGUUCGCUUGCCACCCGGACAAGCAGGCCCGCCUGCGCGCCGAGGUGCGCGCUGCUCGCAAGCUCGCUCAGCGAGACGGUCGCGACGAGUUGAACAGCGACGAGCUAAGCGGUCUCGAGUACCUCGAUGCUGUCACGCGCGAGAUCCUCCGCCUCGAACCUCCCCUCUCCUCAACCCCUCGCGUGGCUCAGAAGAACGAUGUCAUCCCGCUCUCGGUGCCCGUCAAGUCCGCGACCGACCCUUCGCAGACUAUCGACCACAUCGUCGUCCGCAAAGGCCAGUCAAUCAGCAUCGGCGUCUACGCAGCGAACCGCGACAAGAGUAUCUUUGGCGACGAUGCGGACGACUUCCGGCCGGAGCGAUGGCUCGACGACGACAACAAGAUUGAGACGAAGGUCGGCGGAUGGAGCGGGUUGAUGACCUUCCUCGCAGGCCCUCGCGCCUGCAUCGGCUACAAGUUCGCCCUGCUCGAGUUCAAGGCCGUCCUCUCUGUUCUCGUGGACUCCUUCGAGUUCGACCGACGAGACGCCGACAUCCAGAUCGAGCACCGCGCGCAAGUCAUCACUCGUCCAUUCGUCGUCAACGAGAUGGAGCUUGGCACGCGCAUGCCGCUCAAGAUCAGGCUCGCCAAGGCGGACGAGACGGACGAGGUGUAG